AUGGCUGAAGCAACGGCCACUGUGGACAGUGAGGACCUCUCAGGCUAUUUCAGCAUGCAAUACAGGCAGAAUCUGCUGCUCUUGCUCAAGAAACUCAAACUGACCGAGGAGGACUCUCUGUCUCCAUUUAUUCGCCUCCAGGAGAAGAAGAAAGAAGCCCAAGAGAUGCAAAGGGUUCUGGAGGAUAAGGAAGAGGCCUUCAGGGUGAGGAUGGAGGACAUCACCUGCAAGUGGAAGGAGCUCCGGGCCAAGGAGGCCGAGCUGAAGGCUCACAUGAAGAAAUCUGAGAGGACCCUAAAGGAAAAUGAUAAGAUGCGAAUCCAAGCUCUAAAGAAAGCUGGUAAAGAAAGGAAGAUGAAGAUGCAAAAGGAGAGUGAGCUCUUGAGAGCUAAGAAGGUACUGGAAGCCCUGAAAAUUAAGCACCAGAAACUCAGUGUCAGAGUGCAGAACUACUCUAUCUUUGAAACCUAUCUGGAGGAUGUGGUGAAGGUCUCACAGUUUGAGGAGAUCCAGGCAAUCAUUUGGCACUACAAGAGGUUAGUGAGGAUGCGCAAGGCCCUGCUGCAAGCAGAACGUGGGCUUAAGGAAGCAAAGCAGAAAGCCAAGGAACUCAGCCAGCAUGAUGAAGAUGAGAGCCUGCAGUACAACAGUGACCUGGAUCAGCUUCAACUGCGUUCUCAUCAGGCUCAAAGGGAUGUUCUCACCAGGCAGUGUCUCUGGGCUGACAUGCAGAAAACAGCUGCCAAGAAAAGCCAGGAGCUGGGGACCAUCAAGAUGGCCAUCCUUGGCCUCUUCCAGCAUGUGAGCAAGCAGAUGAAAAGAAGCCUGAAUGUGCCAGUGGAUGACAGCUACACACAGCUGAGCGUGAUUCAACAGUUUAUCCAAGACCUCAUGGACAUCUUAAUGGAAGUGAAAAGAAAGAGCAUACAGAUCCGUUAG